GAAAAAAAAAAAAGAAAAAACAGAGGAAAAAGAUUGUACAUACUAUGCAAUUAUAGCGUGUAUAAUUAAAGCUUUGUGAAAUAUUACAAAUUAGAGAAAGAGAAUGUCUGAUUUUAUAUGUGUUCAUUUUUUGACGAUGACAGUUACCUUUUUGUUUAGUUUCUUUUACGACUAUGUUCGAAAUUAUUAAAAAAAUUUUUACACUGGAAAUCAAUCAUUAAUAAAGAUACGAGAGACAUUGUUUUUUCUUUUGGAUUAAACAUCACAAUAGCUGUGUUUGAACAUAAUGAGAUAUCUUCAAAACGAUGUACAUAUAAUAUAAAUUUUUAUAAUUUCUCGUGUUGUCCAUUUAUAUUAAUUAAAAUGCCUUGCUUUACAAGUAUAUGAUAAGAAUUUUAUUUAUACAGACAUUUGUGUAUACCUUUGUAUUUAAGAUUAAAGACACAAGUUAAUAUAAUUAAAUACCACAGUAGUUUCAAGAUCGUUUAAACAAUUGUCUUCAAUAAUUUCAAACUGUAUCUCGUUUCAUCUGUUACAUCUCAUUUCUGUAUAAUUCAUAUAAUUUGUUUUAUUUUCAAAUCCACUAGUUGUCUAUUCUCUAAUUGUUCCAACCAAAUUCGAGAGAAGCGUCCAUUCAUAUCGGACAACGUUUACUAUGAAGUAGUCAUAGCAGUGUACAAUGCCUGUAUCAUGCAACUUUGUUUCAAACUAACAGACAAAACGUCCAAUUCGGUAAACGAAAGAUUCGGUGAUCGUCAUACUUUCAUCCGAAUACAUUAAUAUAUACGUUACGCAUCAAACGUACCAUCGUCUUCGAAAUAAAAUUCCGUGCCUCUAUCGUAAUACGUGUUUUGCAAUUCUAUCGUAAUAUGCGUUAGAAUGAGACAAUCCCAAAAAAGGAUUGACUGUUCUUUUUUUUUUUCGAAUAAUACAAACUAACGAGAUUGUUACGCGUUGACCGAGGUGAUUUUGAAAUCAUUCGUAACGUCAGGUAGGUAUACGCGCAUAAGAGGGCGGUAUCGUAAUGGCGACUGCGCAAUCAAUCGAAAUAGCCACGAUAUGGUACACACGUGCGUGUGUAGGUGCACACAAACAAGGUGGGGGGAUAUUUCUUCUAGCGUCUCUCUCGUUCCAUUCGUUAGCACGGGUAACUUUUAAUAAGUUCGCGUUUACAGGAGAGACUUACGAUGUUUAGUCGCCUUUGAGUCCGUCAACUAUAUAGUACCAGUAAGAAGAUGUACAGCAUCUGCUGUACCGGAUCCUUCCUGUGCCAAGAGAUCGCAGUACGUGCCUGCAUGUGAACGCGCCUCGAUUUUGUAUUUUUCUACGUUUCAUCGUGCUAUUUUCAAUAUGUGUCGCUGAGCAUAUCUCUGGAAUUCUCACACCUUGCCGAUCAUAUGAAAAAUGUCGAAGCUAGGUGACAAACCAAGCUAUGCGCAGACAUACAAGCUCGUCGUCGUUGGCACGGGCGGUGUCGGAAAAUCUGCGAUCACGAUACAAUUCAUUCAACAGGUCAAGAAGAAUUUAGUGCAAUGCGAGAACAAUAUAUGAGAAGCGGCGAAGGAUUUCUACUUGUAUUCUCUAUAACUGAUCUUUCAUCUUUCGAUGAAAUAUUAAAAUUCCACAGGCAGAUACUUAGAGUAAAGGAUCGAGAAGAAUUUCCUAUGCUUAUGGUUGGUAACAAAGCUGAUUUGGAUUAUCACAGAGUUGUUCAAGUUGAAGAGGCACAAAAUAGGGCUCGUCGAUUGAAAAUCCCUUAUAUUGAAUGUAGCGCAAAAUUAAGAAUGAACGUUGACCAAGCUUUCCACGAAUUAGUAAGAAUUGUCAGAAAGUUUCAGUUAUCUGAAAGACCGCCGUUAGAAUUAAACUAUAAGAAAAAUAAAAAGAAAUGUUGUAUGUUGUAAUGACUAAUAUGUUUUUAAUUGACGAAUUUUUGUAUCAACAAAAGGUUGGAUCAAAAAUUAGAAUUGUGGAACUAAUCAAAUCAUGAGAAUCGUAAUCUCUUACACUUAAGUUGAAGUAAAAAUUUGAAAUCUAAAAUAACGGAUUGUUCAAAUGGUGAUAACAUAACUGCUUUUGGUAAUAACAUUUAGACUAUUUUAACUGAGAAUUUAUACACGCAACUUGGAUCAAAGAGUGCUUUAAGCACGUAUGAUAUUUUUGAGUAUAUUACAAAUACUUUGUACUCAAUUAUAAAACGAAUUAAUAUAGUAUUUAUCAGAAGUGUAGUAACACUGUUUACAAAUCGUGUAAUUUUAAUUGUAUAAGAAAUAAAAAUAAUGACGUAUUUUAUUAAAAAUACACUGGUUAUGAUGUAAGUUUUAUAUUAAAUAUAUUAAUAUAUUUAAU